AUGCAGAGUCCCCUGCGGAACGAAGUUAGAUACUCCCCGGCAACUCGAAGCAGCAUGCGAAGCUUCGGUAGCUUCGGCCGACAAAGCACCAACAGCAAAGGAAUCCGACCAUCUACGCCUGCCAACGACCUGUCCAUGCCUCAUGUGGACGCUGUGUCCACAAAAUCAACUAGUGAUACAACAAAAGAUAAACUAAAAGGCUUUGGUAAACGCCGCCGUCCUUCGGUUGGUAAUAUCCUGACAGGGAUUCAAGGUGGUCUCCAGGGACUUCAGGAGAAGAUACAGCAGCCAUUAAGCGCACAAUCAAAGGAAAAGAAGGGCCAAAAGAAACGCUCGUUCAGCAUCGGCGUAGGUUACACUCUAAUCAUACCAGAUUAUCCAGUUACUGAAAAGUUGCAGAAUCUUUUCAAUCUUCAAGGAUCGACGUCCCCUGACCGUGGGGAAAAUGGCCGCCGGGCAAGUAAAUCCACGGAGGACACAAAGCCCUCGCAAACAUUUUUGCCCAACACACUGGACCGAGUAUCUGCUUCGCGUCAGGAAGAGUCCUUCUUCGGUGAUCCCUUCGCAAAGCCACAAUCAAACGGCCCAGUUACCGAGCUGACACGCUCUCCCCGCCAAUCCACUGAAGAACCGAAGCCACGGACAAGUACGCAACUUCCGCUAAGCCCAUCAGCUAACUCAGCGCUCCUGUCCGGCCGUUUCUACUCGCAAUAUCAGUCGGGCGAGUCGCCUCUUUCGCCUCUUUCGCCUCAGCACAGUCGCGCCAGGAGCAUGCCAAUGACUAUGCCCGGCUAUACCCUUUCUCAAGUCGCGCCCUCGGAAUCUGAUAGCAGCGAUUGGUCCAAGUCCCAACCGCGUGAAUCGAAUCAUGAAAAGGAAGACAAACAUGCCGAAUCCCAAGCUACGCCGCUAUUCGGCAGACAGCUAGAGCAGAAAGAUACGACAAACAGCGAACACCAACCGCCUGAAGCCCUACCUGCAUCUCCAGACCCAGAGUACCAAAACCCCCAAGUCGAGCACACCUGGGACCGGUCGUCCCCAGAACCCUCCACCGGCCCGGACCAAACGGUCCAAUCGCGCAAGCCCGUCGAACCCUAUCUCAAGCCCACCGACCGAGUCCAGCAAAAGAACAUCGCCGUCUCAGGCGUGUCGGUGGUCUCAGAGCACCCCUUCCGCGACGAAUCGCUCUCCGUGCACCGACAAUCCACCCCCGUCGAACUCGCCGCCUGGAGCGACGACUCGAGCGAGAAAUCAUCAUGUCGCCUACUGCCUAUCCCGGGCAGGAGUGGACGCCGACGAACUUUUAUUAGUGUUACCCUCGCAUCAAGCGAUCACGAUGAUACCCAUAUUCUUAUUUCACUUUGUCCGCGAAUCUGUGUGUUUGCAUUGCUUUAA